AUGGAGGACCCGAAGAGAGGAAAAGCUCCCGCGUACGAGACUUGGCCACAGAGAAAAGAGCAGAAGAAGAUGCUCUGUUCGCGACGAGAGGCUACCUUGCGGGCAACUAGGCUGCUGUGCGAAAAGGAAGGGGAGAGCAGCAAGGAGAGAAAGGAGAAAGCGAAUAUGCAGCAGAAUGCUCUGGAUACACCGCCUGCGGCGAAUGAGGCUGGCAAGGCAGAGUCAGAUUGGCGGAAGAAGAAGGCAAUCGAGGUAGAUAUCCUCGUGUUAAAUCAGUGGAAAGUGCUUUAUGACCAGAAGUAUAAUAUCCCUGACGCGAUGGAGCAGCUCGAGCUCGAAGAGAAGCAAGGCCAAGACGAGGAGAGGGAAAGGGAGAGCCAAAAAGUGCCAGAGGACGACUGGGUUGUUGUCGCGGAUGAUUUUGGCAUAUUGGUCUUUAAGGAUGAUGGUCCAGACGAGCUAAAGAUUUAG